CGCCCACCCCGGUAGAGGACGCCCGAGACGCCCGCCCGUCUCUCCGGUGCCUUGUGUGUGGAAUUUAUAGAAACACACUUUUGUAUUUGGCAAGGGCUGUGACCGGCGUUCCUCUCUGGGUAUCCCCAGAAUAGAGUUAUGGGGAAUUGCCGCUGGGACCCAACUUGGCUGCUGUGAGAAACUGGAGAUUAAGAAAUUGUGACGAGGCGGAGGUAGAAGGAUCGCUGUGAGUUCGAGGCCGGCAGUUCCAGGGUGGUUACUUACAGCAUUUUGGUCUUGUAAGAUGAAACGUCCAGAAUCUACAGUAAUAUAAUUAAAGAUGAUAAAAUGAAAAAUAAAGGGGAGCUCAUGGGUCAGGAAGAUUCACUGGAGAGGAUGGAAAAUCAAGUGAAGCCGUGUUUACCAUUUGCAUUUCAGCAGGGCACCUGGGAAUUUAACUGAAAGUAUGACAGCCCUUCCUUCAGAGAAUUGCUCUGUUCAGAACCAGUUACCUCAAGCAAACCAUUCCCUGAAUGUUAGCUGUCUAUUAUCUCUGAUUAUUCUUGGGAAAAUAUUGUUAAAUAUCUUUACACUAGGAAUGAGAAGAAAAAACACCUACCAAAACUUUAUGGAGUGUUUUUGUAUUUCGCUAGCACUUGUAGAUCUUGUACUGUUGGUAAGCAUUUCUCUUAUAUCCUAUUUCAGGGAUUUUGUACUUUUAGGCAUUCGGUUUACAAAAUACCAUAUCUGCCUGUUCACUCAAAUUACUUCCUUCACUUAUGGUUUUCUGCAUUAUCCGGUGUUCUUAAUAGCUGGCAUAGAUUAUUGCCUGAACCUCUCUAAAACCACCAAGUUUUCAUGUAAGUGCCAAAAGUUAUUUUAUUUCUUUAUAGUAAUUUUAGUUUGGGUUUCAGCCCUUGCUUAUGUUUUGGGAGACCCAGCUAUCUAUCAAAGCCUGGAGGCACACGGUACCUGGUACCAGUGCCCUACCUACGUCAGUGCUCAGAGUUACUGGCUGUCGUUUUCCAUGGUGAUGAGUUUAUUUGUGGCUUUCAUAAUUGCUUGGCCAGAAAUUAUUACCUUGAUACAGGCUAUGAGGAUAACAUCGUACAUGAAUCAGAUGGUCUUGUAUUUUCCUCUUACAUCUCUCUCUCAGUCCAAUGUUAUCUCUAGAAAAGUCCUCUUGUCCAAGCUCAUAGUCUGUUUCCUUGGCACCUGGUCACCAUUCGUAGUACUUCAGGUCAUCCUCCUUUCAAUUCCUGUCCAGGUCCCAGCAUAUAUUGAGAUGAACAUUCCCUGGCUCUACUUUGUCAAUAGUUUUCUCAUUGCAACAGUUUACUGGUGUAACUGUCACAAGCUUUAUUUAAGAGAUACCAUACUACCUGUGGAUCCAUUUGUCAACUGGAAGUGCUGCUUUAUUCCAUUUACAAUUCAUAGUCUGGAGCAAACUGAGAAACUUGUGUCAGUGACAGUUUGUUAAUAUGUUGCCAUGAUGAACGUAAUCACAAUGACUGCAAUAAAAAACUCUUAAUUUUACAAAUAAGAAAAAAUGGUGAUUCAGAACAUGUAAACCAAAGAACUGGACUGUUGGGGCUAAUAUUGAAUGAUGUCAAAAAUUGUACAUCUGUUCAGGAACACUGUAUUUAAUCAAAAAGUGAAAUAAAUUAACAUUUGGCCAAACUGAUAUAUUUUUUUUUACCCAAAAUAAACAACUGGAUGCAAAGUGUAUGUAAAUCUGGGAUUUCAGUGCCAGCUCAUGUACUUAACAAAUUUGUAUGC